ACUAAGAUGAAGCUUCCAAAAGCUCAAGCACAUGAGAACCAAGAUGAACUACAGAGCUGUGUGAUCUAUCUUUGUGCCACCAUGUGGCAUGAGACGUAUGACGAAAUGCUGAAGAUUCUUACUUCCAUGUUCAGGUUGGAUCGCUAUCGAGGUGACCCAAAAGAAGAACACAAGGACUGUUUUGACUUUGAAUGUCACGUUUAUGUCGAUGAUGCCUUCAUGACAGAAAAAGACACAGAGAACAGGCUGGUCAAUUCAUAUGUAGGAGACUUGAUUCAUGUUGUGAUAGAAGUUUAUAGGGUGUUUACCAACAAAGAGCCAGAUGAUGUGUCGAUCUUUGAGACACCCUAUGGUGGGAGGUUAGUGUUUGUCUUGCCAGAAGGAAACUUGCUAUAU